AUGCGCUUUGCGGGCGCGACGAUACUGGCACUUCCGCUCUGGAUAGCUGGAAUUGAGGCCAACUAUGGCAUCGACUACGACGCCAAGGCAUCAUACUUCAACUUCCAGGUGAAUGGCAAUUCUCUAUACGUCUUCGCGCUGAAUGUGGUGGCGGAUACCGGCGACAUCUAUUUCCACAUGUCCGGACCGGUCCUUCAUACUUGGCUAGGCAUCGGUUUUGGAUCAAGUAUGAAAGACGCCUUCAUGAUCGUUGCAUAUCCCAGCGACAACGGCCUCGAUACGACUAUCAGCACGCGGUUGGGAUCCGGGCACACAGAACCAGUCUGGACUUCGGGCUACGAGAUCCAGGGUGUCUUCAAUGAUACCUAUGCCCCGAACGCCAACAAGGUAACGGAUGAUGGGACGGGAGUCAUUAUCGCCCACUCUGUGUGCCGUAACUGUACGAAAUGGCCGACAGGAUCUCUGGACCUAGAGAAUAUCCAGCAGCCCAUGAUCUUUGCUCUUGGACCGCAGAAGCAAUUCAGGAGCGACUCCGUGGAAGCAAGCAUACCACGGCAUGCGCUGUACGGCCAAUUCACGACUGAUAUGACGAAAGCGACGAAUUACUCUGGCUGGUAUGGACGGGUACCGGCACCGAAUGUUCCUGAUUUUGUGUUUCCUCCGGACGAUACAGCAUUUGCCACCUUUGGGACUGCUCCGCCAUAUAACGUCGAUACGAUGAACAAUCCCAUGCCAACUGCACAUGCUGUGUUGAUGUGCUUUGCGUUCGUGAUUCUUUUCCCCGCUGGAGCGCUGGUUAUGCAGUUCCUGAAGAAAACUCUAUGGCAUGCUGCUAUCCAGAGUAUUGGUUUUGUUGCAGUCCUGGGUGGGUUUGGCGUUGCGAUUAACGUGGCAAGACAGUACAAUAAGUCCAAAAACUACAGCUCCGGGCAUCAGGUACUUGGCCUGAUCGUCCUGGCAGGACUGUUCAUUCAGCUUGGCUUAGGCCUGGUGCAUCACUCAAUAUACGUCCGCACGAAGAAGCCGACACCCAUCGGAAGGAUACACUUUUUCCUCGGGCCUUCCAUCAUGCUCCUAGGCCUAAUCAACGGCGGCGUCGGCUUCAACUUCGCCCACAACCACCGAAUGACCAUCCCCUACGCCAUCGUCGUCGUAGCCAUCAUCCUGGUCUGUGCUGGCGUUGGCGGCUGCGUGGCCCUCUGCCGAAACCGAAGGAAAUACAAACCUGAGAGAGAACCCUAUCCCCAUCCAAACUUCGGCCAGCAGCCUGGGUAUACCGACUACGAGCUCCCUCGACAACCAACCUUUGGCGAACAACCUCCAGAGCCGUACGAGCCUCCAACGCCUUAUUCGCCGAUUGGGCAUUUUGAGAUCGAGAGUCCGUAUACGCCUAGUUCAGCUUACACGCCUGUUACGCCGAAGACGUGGAGGAAGGAGGAUAUUACGAAUUGGCCGCAGUGGCCGCACCACAAGGAGGAUGAGUGGCGGUAG